UGGGUCGCCAGCCGCGCCCCCUCCACAAGGCGCCCAGACCGACCGCCGCGCCCUGCCCCCGGGCCGUCCCCCCAGCACCUCGCCGCAUCCUCGCCGCCUCUGGGUCCCACUCCGCGCCCUCUCCACGCGGCCCCGAGACCGCCCACCGCGCCGCGGACCGCCCCAACCGCGCCCCGGACCGCCCCAGCCGCGCCCCACCCCGCCUGCCUCCUCCAUCAGGCCCCACCCCAGACCGCUUGCUGUGCCACCGCACAAGUUCCCCGUGCCCGGAGCUAGCGCCACGGACCCGGCUACCGAUCCCUUUCAUCUCCUCUGCAGCAGCUGGUUGAACCAUGGCGACAACUCCUGCCAGUGCUUUCGAGGCCCUCAUGGAUGGAGUGACAAGCUGGAAUGUCCCCAAAGACCCCAUCCCUAGUGAACUUCUUCUUAUUGGAGAGGCCGCCUUCCCGGUGAUGGUGAAUGACAAGGGCCAGGUCCUCAUUGCUGCCUCCUUCUACGGCCGAGGCCGCCUGGUGGUGGUGUCCCAUGAAGGCUACCUGCUGGAUGCUGGCUUGGUUCCAUUUCUUCUUAAUGCAGUGGGUUGGCUCUGUCCCUCACCUGGGGCUCCCACUGGAGUGCACCCAUCCCUGGGAUCACUAGUAAGUAUCCUGCAGGGCUGUGGGGUUCAGGCACAGAUUCAGUCGGAACUGGGGGCCCCCUUGGGGGUUUACUGCAUCAGUGCCUACCAUGAUAAGAUGACUGCAGAGCUGAUCCAGUUUGUGAAAUGUGGAGGCGGCUUGCUCAUCGGGGGCCAAGCCUGGUAUUGGGCCAGUCAGCAUGGUCGUGACAAUGUGCUGUCCAGUUUCCCUGGGAACCAGGUGACAAGUGUGGCUGGAGUGUACUUCACCGACAUCUAUGGGGACAGAGGACGGUUCAAGGUCUCUAAGAAGGUACCCAAGAUCCCACUCCAUGUCAGGUGCGGGGAGGAUCUCAGGCGGGAUCAGCAGCAGCUCCUGGAAGGGAUCUCAGAGCUGGACAUCAAGACGGGGGGAGUCCCCUCGCAGCUGCUGGUGCACGGGGCCCUGGCCUUCCCGCUGGGGUUAGACGCCUCGCUCGGCUGCUUCCUGGCAGCCGCCCACUAUGGCCGGGGCCGGGUGGUCCUCGCCGCCCACGAGGGCAUGCUCUGGGCUCCCAAGAUGGGGCCCUUUUUGCUCAAUGCUGUGCGCUGGCUGGCCAGAGGCCAGACAGGCAAAUGUGGGGUGAACACAGGGCUGAAAAACCUGUGCGCCCUCCUGUCGGAGCAUGGCCUGGAGUGCAGUCUGCAGCCCCAUCUGACGCACGACUUGAGUGUCUACUGCUGCAAGGCCUACGGUGACAAGGAGGCCAAGCAGCUACAGGAGUUCGUGGCCGAGGGUGGGGGCUUGCUGAUCGGGGGCCAGGCCUGGUGGUGGGCCUCCCAGAACCCGGGCCGCUCCACUUUGGCCGGUUUCCCUGGUAACGUCAUCCUCAACCGCUUUGGCCUCAGCAUCCUGGCUCAGACCCUCGAUCCGGGCUGCUUCCCUGUCCCCACCCCUGAGAUGCGGAGCUACCACAUCCGCACGGCGCUGUGUGAAUUCCAGACCACGCUGAACUGUGGGGCUGGGAACCUGGAAAAGCGCUGGCUGGCAAAGCUAGGAGCAGACGGUGCGGCCUUCCUACAGAUUCCCGCGGAGGGGGUCCCAGCUUACGCGUCCUUGCACCGGCUCCUGAGGAAGAUGCUGCGUCUGUCAGGCCUCCCAGCCGUGAGCCGGGAGCACCCAGUGGCUGGCGAUUCCUGUGAGGCCGCGGUGCUCUGCCUGGCCACGGAGCUGGCACGCUCUGGGACUGACUGCUCCCAGCUGGUGCGGGAGCUUGGGACGGGGACCUGCGGCUCCCUUCUGGCCCCCUCAGAUCAGCCCAUCACUGUGGAGAUCGAUGGCAGCAACCCAGGCAACGGGGACUGCUGGGUGAGUACCGGGCUCUACCUCCCGCACGGACAAAGUGCAGAAGUCUCGCUGUCCGAAGCUGCGGCCUGCGCCGGUCUGAAGAUACAGGUUGGCUGCCACACUGAUAACCUGACCAAGGCCAGAAAGCUGUCCCGAGCCCCUGUGGUGACUCACCAGUGCUGCAUGGACAGGACCACGCGGUCGGUCUCCUGCCUCUGGGGCGGCCUCCUCUAUGUCAUCGUGCCGAAGGGCAGCAAACUGGGCCCCAUAUCUGUCACCAUCAAGAGGGCCGUGCCCGCCCCAUACUACAAGCUGGGUAAGACAUCGGUGCAGGAGUGGAAGAACUGUGUCCAGGAGAGCCUGGCUCCCUGGGGAGAGCUGGCCACAGAUAAUAUCAUCCUGACGGUGCCAACGGCAGACCUCCGUACCCUGAAGGACCCCGAGCCUGCACUCCACCUCUGGGACGAGAUGAUGCAGGCGAUAGCCCGGCUGGCAGCCCAGCCUUUCCCUCUCUGCCGUCCCGAGAGGAUUGUUGCCGACGUGCAGAUCUCAGCCGGCUGGAUGCACUCAGGAUACCCCAUCAUGUGCCACGUGGAGUCAGUGCAGGAGCUCAUCAAUGAGGCAGGCAUGAGGAGCGGGGGUCUGUGGGGACCCAUCCAUGAGCUGGGUCACAACCAGCAGCGACAAGAGUGGGAGUUCCCCCCACACACCACUGAGGCCACCUGCAACCUCUGGUCAGUCUAUGUGCAUGAGACGGUCCUGGGCAUCCCCAGGGCUCGGGCCCAUCCUGCGCUGAGCCCUCCAGAACGAGAGAAGAGAAUUAAAACACACAUAAGAAAGGGAGCCCCACUGCACGACUGGAAUGUGUGGACAGCUCUGGAAACAUACCUACAGCUCCAGGAAGCCUUUGGGUGGGAGCCAUUCACCCAGUUAUUUGCUGAGUACCAGACACUCUCUGACACCCCCACAGACAAGGCUGGCAAGAUGAAUCUGUGGGUGAAGAAGUUCUCGGAAAAGGUGCAGAAGAAUCUGGCUCCAUUCUUUGAGGCCUGGGGCUGGCCUGUCCAGAAGGAAGUGGCCGCCAGCCUGUCCUGUCUGCCUGAGUGGCAAGAAAACCCCAUGCGGGUGUACGUGCAUCCUCAGAGAAGAAAGUAGAAAUACAGAGCUAAGUGGUAAAGCCCAAGUUGGACUGCAGAGCCCAAACCUUCAGCCAACAUACCACGUGCUUCCUGGGUCUGCCACAACCUCCAGCUCCUCUUGCAUGAAACUUGCAUGUAUAGGGGCGCCUGCGUGGCUCAGGUGGUUAAGCGUCUGACUUUAGGCCAGGUUAUGAUCUCACAGUUUGUGAGUUCAAGCCCUGCAUCAGGUUCUGUGCUG